CUCAGUUUGAAGAGAUGUGUGCUGAUGUUUUAGCUCGAGUGGAGCCUCCGCUGCGCAGUCUAAUGGAGCAAGCUCAUCUGAAGAAAGAUGACAUCCAUGCUGUAGAAAUAGUGGGCGGAGCCUCAAGAAUGCCAGCCAUCAAAGAAAGAAUCAGCAAGUUCUUUGGGAAGGAGCCGAGCACGACGCUGAAUGCAGAUGAGGCUGUGGCCAGAGGAUGUGCCCUCCAGUGCGCCAUCCUCUCCCCUGCUUUUAAAGUGCGCGAGUUCUCCAUAACAGAAGUGGUUCCGUUUCCCAUCUCUCUGAAGUGGAAUUCUGCAGCUGAAGAUGGACUCAGCGACUGUGAGGUCUUCCCAAAGAACCAUGCAGCACCUUUCUCCAAAGUGCUGACGUUUUACCGGAGAGAGCCGUUCUCCUUGGAAGCAUACUACAACUGUCCUAAAGAGCUCCCUUAUCCAGAUCCCAUAAUAGGUCAGUACAUCAUCCAGAAGGUGGUUCCCCAGGCCUCAGGCGAGAGUUCAAAGGUUAAGGUGAAGGUGCGAGUCAAUAUCCAUGGGAUCUUCAGUGUGUCCAGUGCUUCACUAGUGGAGGUGCAGAAAUCUGAGGAGGAAGAGGAGAGCAUGGACACAGAGCAGAGCACAGAGAAAGAAAAUGAG